AUGGCCGCCGACACUGUGCAGUCCGUGAGCGAGCAGCUCAAGCAGUUGAAUGACGCCCGCAAAGCCAUCCUCGUCGACGCCAGCUACUACAAGUCGAUUAUGACCGGCAUCCUGCCCCUUGCCGCCCCCAACUCCACCCUCGAGCUGCGGCGCUGGGCUGCCGACUUCAUCGCCGAGGCAUUUGCGACUCCGAUACUCCCUAACAAGGACAAGGAGGUCAUGAGCUUCCAGGUGUUGCCGGUGCUCAGGAGCCUGCUGGAGAGCCCUAAGGAGGACCUAUACGUUCUCAAAAGCGUCAUCGCCGCCUCAGCCAGCAUCUACCCACAUGUCUUGAGAUGGAUAAUACACAAUCCAUACGAGCGUUCGCCCUGGGACAAUAUGGUCACGAUCAAGCAGAAGAUACUACGGAUCUGGGACGACGCUGCCUCGGCCGUCAAAUUGUGUUGUGUCAAGUUCGCACAGCGUGUGGUACUCGCGCAGACGACAGCAACCAGCAUGGAAAAGCGCAUAAAUGGCCUCGAGAUCUCCUUGGGAAUGAUCCCACCUGGCCACCCAUUUCUCGACCCAAGACAGCUCGAAGCAGAGGCCACAGGUCUCCUGGACAGGAUGCUUAGCGUGCUUCAAGACAACAGCAGUGAUGCACUCAUAGUAGAUGGCACACUGAACUGUUUGCCUAUCCUUGUUCGCACGCGACCAUCCACGUCUAAUCGCAUUCUCAAUGCUGUCAUGGGUUUCAACCCGCUCAAACUAGCCAACUCCCCGCUGACCCCCAAGGUCCGUGUGCUAGCCAAGUCGAUGGAGAAGACGACACGCAUGCUGCUGAUACACUUGUUGAAGCGGGAUCCACAUGGUCCGAAUGCUCCACGGAUACAGCAACAUGUAGAAAGACUUAUGCGCUCCCGGGCGGAGAUCCUUGACGACAAUGGACGCAAGAGAGCGCUGGCUGAGCAACAAGCCGCAUAUGCAGGCGGUGAUGCGAAGCGGCAAAAGAUAAGCCCUCAACACGCAGUGCCGCAAGUGAACCCAAAUGCCCCGGGACCAAAUAGUCUUGCGGCUGUUUACACUCUCACAGACAGCAUAGGUCUACAAGGCUUUGAUGUCACACAAGUACCAGCGCACUUGACGAACAGGGUCGUUGUGUCAACUCUGGCAAGGGUGGAUCUACAGGCCCUCCAGGGGGCCAUCCAAGCAGUUCGUGAUCGUUUGGCUGUCAAGGAGGCUGCUCGGCAACCAGCUCUUAACCCAGAGACAGCGCCACUUGAUGUAGAAGAGGACGACGAUGAGUACGAGCCCGACUUCACCAUAGCAGAGGACGAGGAGCAGAUCAAGAACAAGCUCGACGGCAAACCCCGCGAGGAGGAGCAACCUCAGAUCGAUGCUGCAUCUUUGACAUUAGGCACCUAUAAGUUACCGGUGCCGCCUCCGCUCAAUCCCGACAGUGCAUCAGCAGCUGGUCAGAUGGUCGUCGCGCGGGUCUUUGACGCCUUACGAGUCCUGGAGGAGCCUGCUGCAAGGAAGGUCCGAGGCGGAAUCAACCGUCUGGCCGCAAGCUCAUAUGAUAAGGAAUCGAUAUUGACGUUCAUUACACGACUGGGCACGCGCGCCAUGGCCGGCAUAGAAGAUGUUCAAGUCAAGGACGAGGCCAGUGCAGCGCUUGCCCUCCCGUCGCAAGCGAACAGCGACGUGAUUCGCGAGCGCCUCUACUCAUAUGUGCUGGAGGACUUCCGCCGACGAAUCGACAUAGGCGUCUCGUGGCUGAACGAGGAGUGGUACUGCGACCGCGUCCAGAAGAAGCAAGAUAGUGACGCACCCAUGCACUAUCCAAAGUGGGCAAUGAGGCUGGUCGACGGGUUCUUUCCCUACCUGAACCCGCAGGAUAAGGUGCUCACUCGGUUCCUGGGUGAGAUGCCAGAGCUGAACACUGCCAUCCUCGGCAAGGUCAAGACGCUCUGCGGUGACCCGUCCAUGGUCGAGCUCGCUCUAAAAAGUCUUCUCUACCUGGUGGUGAUGAAGCCACCGGUGAGGGACCUGGCCUUGGACACUGUCCAGGACAUCUGGGUUGAGUACGAGGACGCCAGGCCGAUGGCAGCCAAGUACCUCACAAAAUGGCGUCCUGGCUUCAUCGAAUCCCAGAGCGGGAGUGGCGGCGGCAACGACGCACCCUAUGCGCCUGCAGUCGCUGCUUGA